GUGGCUGCCCUCCAAGUCAUUUCUCUUCUCUCUUUUAGUCUUGUACUACACGUUAUUCCUUCAGGCAUACACCAGCCAAGAUGAGUACGGCCGUCGAUUCCAAGUCCUAUGGGGAGGCCCCAAAGGUCGCCUACGGGGGAGCCCCACAAGCAGAGCUCGGGAAAGCUCAAGUUGAACAUGUCUACGACUUGGAUGAGAAAUCGAAGGUCGCAGAUUAUAAGGCGGAUGCUAUGGCGGCAGAGGAUGCGGAGCAUCAGAUGGGGGUGCUGGAAGCAGUUCGAGCGAAUCCUAUGGCUUCUUUCUGGGCGUUCGUCAUGUCUUGCACGAUUGUAAGCUCCCCCCUUUAUCCUUUCCCUUGCUCGCGAAUCUCAGGCGAGAACUCAAUUUGUAUCACAUCAUCAGCAUACUAGAGGAUGAUUCUUUCUAACACGAAUUCUAGAUUAUGGAGUCUUACGACGUUUUCCUCAUCGGGAACUUCGUCGCUUUACCCGCAUUUAUUGACAAAUACGGUGUCCCACUCCCCGGCUCCCUUACCGGCGAAAAGGUUAUCGAAACCAAAUGGCAAUCAGCUCUCCAAGUUUCAGGGCAGCUUGGUGCACUGAUUGGUGUUUUUCUCGCGGGGCCCUUGACUACCCGACUCGGUUACCGUUGGGCGACUUUGACAGGUCUCAUGGCCUUGAACGCUUUCAUCUUCAUCUUUUACUUCGGAGAUUCGCUGCCAGUCAUCUUCGUGGCCCAACUCUUGGAGGGAUUGCCAUGGGGAAUCUUCAUUGCUAAUGCUCCUGCAUACUGCAGUGAGAUUGUGCCUAUAAGAUUGCGAGCUCCAGCGACGCAGAUGCUGCAAAUGUUUUGGGCGAUUGGUAGUAUCAUUGUAGGCGCCGUGACCUACGUCUAUAAUGAUCGUAAUGACUCCAUGGCCUAUAGGUAUGUGCUAGUUUUAUUUCAUUUCCCGUAAACCCGUUGCACACUACUUACGAAGGAACCCAUGCAGAAUCCCAAUUGCACUUCAGUGGAUGUUUCCAACUCCACUAGCUAUACUCAUCUUCUGCGCCCCCGAAUCACCAUGGUGGUUAGUCCGAAAGGGACGCCUUGAAGAGGCAGCACACGCAGUUGGACGUCUGGGAAGAAAGUCGAAAACAAAUACUCACGAGACAGUCGCCAUGAUGCGACGUGUUAUUGAGCUCGAGACUUCCGAAAAAGAGCCUAGUCUCUUGGAGUUGUUCAAAGGCACUGACCUGUAUCGAACUCUCAUUGUGUGCUGUGUAUACUUGGCACAAAACUUGACUGGUAACCUGAUCGCCAACCAGGCCGUCUACUUUUUCAGACGUAAGUAUCAUCCUUUUCAUCAGUAUUAUGCUUCACUCGAUUGUGUUUGCUAAUUGGAUCAUAGAGGCCGGUGUGAAUGUGAAUACCGCUUUCGCUCUAGGUCUAAUUACCUCGGCUCUUCAAAUGAUCUUCGUUAUGCUCUCCUGGAUUCUCACCACCUACCUAGGACGCCGUACAAUUUAUCUCUACGGCUCAGCCAUUAAUGUUGCCUUCCUCGUCGCACUGGGAAUAGCAGGCUCUGUUGGCACGAGUACUCAAUCAUCUCUUGCACAGGCAUCUUUGGGUCUUAUUGUCUCCGUUCUGUUCACCUUAGGACCUGCGCCUGCAUCCUGGGUCAUCAUUGGAGAAACAUCUGCUAUUCGUCUUAGACCUCUUACGACGGGAAUGGGACGUGCUGCAUACUAUAUCGUUGAGAUUCCUUGCAUCUUCCUUGGAAGUUAUAUGCUUAACCCAACUGUAAAGCUCUCCCUCCAGGUCUUGCCGCGAUCAAUUACUAACAUUCUAUGUGUAGGGUGGAAAUCUUGGAGGAAAGUGUGGCUACGUCUGGGCUGGUACAGGGUUCGUUUGCUUGGUCAUGGCAUACUUCUACCUUCCUGAGAUGAAGGAUCGCUCUUAUCGUGAGAUUGAUAUCUUGUUCAAGCGCAAAGUCCCGGCUCGCCAAUGGAAGAAGACUAUUGUCGAUGUACAGGACGACGAGUAGAUGCUGUACUCGUUGAAAAAGCAGUGGAAGAAGAUAAUGUUCCUUUACUUGUUUACUA